AAUUAGAAGAAUCUCCCUUAACUGUGAAGAGUGACAUGGCUACUAUUGUCAAGGUUAUGCAGCUACCAGACUCAGGCCUUGAAAUCCGGGACAGGAUGUGGUUAAAAAUUACCAUCUCCAAUGCAGUGAUAGGAGCAGAUGUGGUUGACUGGCUUUACACACACGUGGAAGGCUUCAAAGACCGACGGGAGGCUAGAAAAUAUGCCAGCAGCAUGUUAAAACAUGGCUACCUCAGGCACACUGUGAACAAAAUCACCUUCUCGGAACAGUGCUAUUAUGUCUUUGGAGACCUCUGUGGCAAUAUGGCUGCACUGAACCUUAACAAUGGUUCUAGCGGAGCCUCGGAUCAGGAUACCCUUGCUCCACUUCCACAUCCUGCUGCUCCCUGGCCGUUAGGCCAAGGAUACCCAUAUCAGUAUCCUCUGCCCCCUCCAUGUUUUCCACCAGCAUACCAAGACCCAGGCUUUAGCUAUGGUAGCGGCAGUGCAGGGAGCCAGCAAAGCGAAGGAAGCAAAAGCAGCGGCUCGAACCGAAGCAACAGCGAGAACAGCAGGAGAGCUCUGGGCAGAGAGAAGGACCGCAAGUCGGCUGGCAGCGGCAGCGAGUCUGACCACACCGCCCGCAGCGGGGGCGGCAGC